UGCUGCACAACAUACAAAGAGGUGAGCCAUUGGAAUCAACAAAUCCGAGAUUAAUGUAUGAUUCGUCAUACUUUCGUUUUUUCACCUUCAGUGUGUCAUUAGAUGUUUUACUACUUGAACUUAAAACCAUAAAACUAGAACUUGACGCCGUUAUAUCACCUUGAUUUUAAUUUGACGCAUCAUCCAAGCGAACCACAUUUUUUGCAACACCUUUAAGCCAGCGCUCCAUUCUUCUUUAACACUAAUUUGGCUUGGCCAAUUUUAUGACAAAUGGUAUCUCUUGAUGCACGAAAUACAAGAUUUUACAACCACUACGAACAACAAGACAAACGAACAUCAAGUACUGAGCGCGGUGUGAGUAAAUUUUGCGGUACGUUACUUGAUUAACCCUACAGUAAGCGCGUCGGAUCUAAUAGACCCAAACAAAAAUAUUUAUUUCUGUAAUUCUGAAAAAAAGCGCGCCAAUUAGUGCGUGCUCUAGUACCUUUUAGUGCUGCAUCGCUACGCAUUUAUCAGUAGUUUUGGCCCAGUCAAGUGAGAAACAACUUCUUUAUAGUUAAUUUCGGUCUCGCAGACCCAACGCGUUUCUUUUGAAAAAUGAAUCCUUAUGAAAAAGAGGUGCAAAAAUUGACCCAACUUUAUGAAGAAGUUCCAUCCGAUCCUGAAAAUUAUUCAGAUUCUGAGGCUUCAGAAGCGGACCCACAGUAUGAAAUUUUCAGUGAUCACCAGUCUGAUAGCGAGCAGGAGAUAGAGGAGAUGAACUUAUUGAAGAACCACUUGAUCAACCCAGAGUAGGUGGACGUAGUCAUUUACAAUUAAGUUCAAAAGACGGAAUGAAGUGGAAUAAAACAUGCUUUCCUGAAAAUGUGAGAACGCGACAAGAAAACAUAAUUGUAAGAUUACCCGGAGUAAUUGGCCUAGCUCAAAAUGCGCAAACUCUAUUCAAAACGUGGCAGCUUUUUUUCGAUGAUGAUAUCGUUAUGGAUUUAGUAAACAGCACAAACAUAUAUAUUGAAAGUAUCUCUCAGCGAUUCAAAAAUAAAUCUGAUGUACGGCCGGCAGAUGUAAUUGAGAUGCGCGCACUAAUUGGUUUACUUUAUCUACCUGGAGUUUACCAUGGAGAAAGGACAUUAAUUUUUAAAUUUUGGUCGAGGGAUGGUACAGGAGUGGAAAUUUUUCCAGCAAUAACGGCUCUAAGAAGAUUUCGUUUUUUACUAAGGUGUUUGGGAAUGGAUGAUAUUCAUACAAGGGAAGAGCGUAAAAGUGAAGACAACCUAGCUCCAAUUCGAAAAGUUUUUGAAGCAGUGAUGCAAAAUUGCCAAAAACAUUACUCUGUGGGAAAACAUACAACAAUCGACGAAAUGCUGUGGGCUUGUCGUUUUAGGAUGUAUAUACCCAAUAAGCCGGCCCGAUAUGGACUCAAAUUCUCACUGACAGACCCAAAGUCUUUUUAUACUCUAAAUAUGGAAAUGUAUUGUGGCAAACAACCUGCAGGGGCGUAUUCAGUAAGUAACAACGGUUUCGAUGUGGUUGAAAGGCUGUGCCUACCAAUAUCGAAAUCACGAAGGAACGUGACAAUGGAUAAUUGGUUCAGCUCGGUUGAAGUGGCCAACAGAUUACUAAAUAAUCAUCAGUUGACCAUAGUGGGCACCCUUAGGAAAAAUAAGCGUCAAAUUACAAAAAAAGAGUUUUUUACCGUACGACCAGAAAAGUCAAGUAUGUUUGGCUUUACUAAAGAUUUAACUAUUGUAUCGUAUAUCCCAAAAAAAACAAGCAGGUGAUAUUGCAAUCGACGUUACAUCAUGACGAUUCCAUUGAUGCUUUAUUUGGAGCAGUCAAGCCAGAAAUCAUUACUUUUUAUAAUUCUACCAAAUGUGGAGUCGAUACUGUCGACCAACUUACCGCAAAGUAUAAUGUUGCCAGAAAUACGCGUAGAUGGCCUAUGGUAGUCUUGUAUGGGCUGCUCAAUGUUGCUGGUGUUAACGCUCUCGUUAUAUAUAGAAACAAUAAUAUUAAUAAAAGCAGCAUUGAUAGAAGAAUUUUUUUGAAACAACUUGGUAUGGAUCUCAUAUUGGACUACAUAAAGAGUCGAGUAACCUCGCAAUACUUGCCACGUGAAAUUCGACAACUUCCUGCGAGGAUUAGUGGUACUGAGUUGGUGGAAGUUGUCGAAAACGUUCAAAAUAAACUGGGAACAUGCAACUUCUGUAAAGAUCGUAAAACAAAAUAUACCUGCCGUUUUUGAAAAAAGUAUAUAUGCCUCGAA